AUGAAGACAGGAAGCCUUUUAUUUUCCGCACUCGUCCUACCAGCUCUUGUAUCGUCAUUUGUACCAUUUAUCGAUGGUGGAAAGGGAAUGCCCAAGCUAUAUGACGGAUGGUUCAAUGAGCAGGUUGCCAAGCAAGCCUCUGCAGCUGUUGGAAGAGCCAUUUCUGCUGGCAAAAAGAAAAUCGAAGUCAACUUCCCACCAGUUCCAAAUGUCGAAGAGGUUAGAUUUGGAACCCCGUUGAAUCAAAAGUUUGGCAAGGCUGUCCUUGCAAAGGAUUUGGGUAUCGCUGGAGGCUACAAGCCCGGGUCUGAUCUUUCUCGACAGCUGAUCGCAUUCUCUAACGUAUAUUGGGCCAAAAAGAUUGCAUCUGCAGCUGGUGGUUUGGGUGGCAAAGUUUGUGUUCUGACGACAGAACCGGUCACCUUUGACCAAAUCAAAUCGAGAGGUCCGAUCUCCCGUGUUGGCGCGGUCAUGUCACCAGAAGCACGAAAAAAUGGUCGUGAUGGCGAAACUAUUGUCUGCAUCAACCCAGGUGGUGAAGAGAAAUGGGAUCGUAUUGUUUCUGCACAUUGUUCUCCGAGCUCUCCUUUUGUUGUUUUAAACAAUGCUUUCUCGACGACAUAUGGUCUUGGAAACAAUAGGGGGUACGAAGAAGUCUAUUAUGUGAAGAGAAUCUCCAAGGGAUGGGUUUAUCGUUCGUUCCCUGGCCCAUGGGAGGCAUAUAUUGAGAAACCUGACGGUAAUGUUGAACUUUUGAAAUCAUACAAGGAGAAACCUGAACUUAGGGAUGUUGCCACACUGGUUCGUGAGGAGUCAUUCAAGCGUUAUGCCAUCAACAAUGAUCGAUGGACUCCAGGCUUCGGUGAAAGGCUUUAG